AUGUCUGACGAAGAUCGUGAAAAAUGGUCAGCAGAGGAUAGGAACCGAGAUAACCUGCAUGUAUCUCCAAGCUGCUCAAGUUUUGAAGUAUUAGAUCCUCAUGAUCCCAUUAUAAGUCGACUUGCUACACAAUUGUUUAAAAGGACUAAUGAUUACCUUCAAGGUGAAGUAACAGCGGGACAGGAUCAUUAUAUACUGCUGGAAGAAAUUAACAGAUUAGCUAUAACAAAGUAUGCUGAUCUUAAAAACCUUACUGUUAACUUGGAAAAAACCCUGAAUGAAUACAACAAAAUGUAUGAUACUAGCAUUUUACCACUUUUGCAGCAAAUUGAUGACAUUGAUUCUCAGGUAACGCAAUUUGAAGCAAAUGCAUACCGCUUAGACAGUUACACCAAACAGCUGAAGGCUCAAUUUGAAGAGCUAUGUGAAAAGAGUAAAUAA